UGGUUUCGGGGGGAGCCCCCGCUUCUCACUCUGGCUUCCCUGGAUCCAGCCCGAGCGCCUUCACGUCCUGUGCCUUUGAGGGGAGGGGGGUCGCCGCUCUUUCCUAUGGCUGGGAUAUACAGCUCUACUCUGAAGACCCUGGAAGACUUAACCUUGGACUCCGGGUAUGGGGCAGGGGACUCCUGCCGGUCCCUUAGCCUCUCUUCCUCCAAGUCCAACUCCCAAGCCUUCACAACCUCCCAGCACAGAGGCAACUGGUGGUACUACUCGGGCUCCAUGAACAGUCGCAAUAACAGCUGGGAUACGGUGAACACUGUCCUGCCGGAGGAUCCUGAAGUCGCGGACAUCUUUGCCAAGUGUGCCAAACUGCCGGAGCUCGAGGAAUUCCCUUGGAGCGAGGAAGACCUCGGGAAGAUUCUCAGGAAGGGCAAGGGGGGAAGCCGGAGAAACUUCACUCCAGACGCCGUGCAGAGGCUGUCGGUGUUGCUCAGGCGACCGCUGAUCCGGAUUUCCCGGGAGGCGCAACGCCUGAGCGUGAUGCACUCCAAAUGCACGCGCUUCGAGAUCCAAAGUGCCAUCAAGCUGAUCCAGAGCUGGUCGCUCUCGGAAAGCUGCGUGCUGGCCACCGUCAAGGCCCUCUCGCUCUUCAGCAUGAGCGCCGGCGACGGCCUGAGGAAAGGGAAGUCGGCCCGCUGCGGCCUCACCUUUUCCGUGGGGAGGUUUUUCAGGUGGAUGGUGGACACGAGGAUCUCGGUCCGGAUUCACGAGUACGCGGCCAUUUCGCUAACGGCCUGCAUGGAGAACCUGGUGGAGGAGAUCAGGGCGCGGGUUCUGGCGACUCAGAGCCCAGACGGCGGCUGCGGAGGGAGCGAGAUAUCAGCUGACGCCCUAGAGAUGGUCAUCAACAACGACGCGGAGCUUUGGGGAGUAUUGCAGCCCUAUGAGCAUCUCAUCUGCGGGAAGAACGCUAAUGGUGUGCUUUCUCUGCCCUCAUACUUCAGUCCUUACAAUGAUGGAUCCAUGGGCAGCAAUGGACGAGCUGAUGCUUAUGCUCAACUGGAGCUUCGAACAUUAGAGCAGUCUCUCCUGGCAACAUGUGUUGGAAGCAUCUCUGAACUGAGUGACUUAGUGUCACGAGCAAUGCACCAUAUGCAGUGUUUGAAUACGCUUCACCCAGGCAUGAGCCCUGUUCGACAAACCAGGCAGCAGCAGCAACCCAUCACCUGGUCUCCUGAUGCCCUUCAUACCCUUUAUUAUUUUUUACGCUGCCCUCAGAUGGAAUCCAUGGAAAAUCCCAACUUGGAUCCACCAAGGAUGGCCCUAAAUAAUGAGCGGCCCUUCAUGUUGCUGCCCCCACUUAUGGAAUGGAUGCGUGUUGCUAUAACCUAUGCUGAGCACCGACGCAGUUUCACAGUGGACAGCGAUGACAUCAGACAGACAUCCAGGCUGCUUUUACCAGGGCUGGACUGUGAACCCCGGCAGCUCAAACCUGAGUGCUGUUUUAGUUCUUUCCGGAGAAUGGAUGCCAAGGCAGCCACCGAAAAAUUCCAGCAAGAUCUGGGGUUUCGAAUGUUGAACUGCGGAAGGACAGAUUUGAUCAAUCAGGCUAUAGAAGUAUUGGGUCCUGAAGGGGUAAACACAAUGGAUGAUCAGGGUAUGACUCCACUUAUGUAUGCCUGUGCUGCUGGAGAUGAAGCUAUGGUUCAGAUGCUGAUUGAUGCUGGAGCAAAUCUGGAUAUACCUGUUCCCAGUAGUUCCUCCCGAUAUCCAUCAGUGCAUCCUGACAGCCGACACUGGCCUGCUCUCACCUUUGCUGUGUUACACGGACAUAUCUCUGUGGUUCAGCUUCUGCUGGAUGCAGGAGCCCAUGUUGAGGGCUCUGCUGUGAGCAGUGGAGAAGACAACUAUGCUGAGACCCCACUGCAGCUGGCUUCGGCAGCAGGUAACUAUGAGCUGGUCAGCUUGUUGUUGGUCAGGGGAGCAGAUCCACUCCUAAGUAUGCUUGAAGCAAAUGGGAUAUCCUCAUCACUUCAUGAAGGCAUGAACUGCUUUAGCCAUGCUGCCGCACAUGGACACAGAAAUGUUCUACGCAAGCUCCUGACCCAGCCACAGCAGUCAAAAGGAGAUGUUCUUUCACUGCUAGAGAUUUUAGCAGAAGGUGUAGAAAGUGAUACUUCCAGCCAGGGAAGCUCCAAUGAAGGCCAAGUAAAGCUGUGUAAAACCAGAAUGAAGGCUUUGCAGGAAGCCAUGUAUUACAGCGCCGAGCAUGGCUAUGUUGAUAUCACAAUGGAGCUCAGACAACUCGGAAUCCCAUGGAAGCUUCACAUGUGGAUUGAGUCACUGAGGACAACCUUUUAUCAGUCUCGUUACUCGGUGGUGCAGAACCUUUUGCGCGAAUUUGUCACCAUUAAGGAAGAAGAGUACAAUGAGGAGCUGGUUAAUGAUGGACUGCAGCUAAUGUUUGAUAUCCUGAGAACCAGCAAAAAUGAGUCAAUCAAUGUGCAGCUUUCCACUAUUUUCGCCCACUGCUAUGGAAACAGCCCCAUCCCCAGCAUUCCUGAAAUCAGAAAGACCCUUCCAGCCCGGCUAGAUCCUCACUUUUUAAAUAACAAAGAUAUGUCCGAUGUUACUUUUCUAGUGGAAGGAAAACUGUUUUAUGCACACAAAGUUCUCUUGGUUACUGCUUCAAACAGAUUUAAGACACUGAUGGCCAAUAAAGCAGAACAAGACAGCCAAGGAAGCAAGACAGUGGAAAUUAGCGAUAUGAAAUACAAUAUAUUCAAGAUGCUGAUGCAGUAUUUAUAUUAUGGGGGAACAGAAUCUUUGGAAAUUCCUACCACUGAUAUCUUAGAGUUGUUAUCAGCUGCAAGCCUGUUCCAAUUGGAUGGCCUCCAGCGACACUGUGAAAUACUUUGUGCCCAAACCAUCAGCACAGAAAGUUGUGUCAACAUCUAUAAAUAUGCCAAGAUUCACAAUGCACCUGAGCUGGCCUCAUUUUGUGAGGGCUUCUUCCUCAAACACAUGGUCUCACUGCUGGAGCAGGAGCCUUUCAAGCAGCUCAUCUACAGCAGGAACAGUAAGGUUCAAGGUCUAGAUCCUCUGCAGGACUUGCAAUCCACUCUGGCCAGCCGGCUUCAUUCAAUCUACAUCACUUCAAGGGUGUGACCAUCAGAUAAAUUCAAAACUGAUACAACAGCUCAUCAGACUGCACUAGGAUGGGA